CAGCCUUGAGUAGUGCUUGGCCGUGCUCCUCCUGAGUGCUCCCUGGGAAAGUGAUAAUGAUCACAUUCAUGAACAACUCGGACAGCGAGGAGGAGCCCUGCAAUGAGAGAACAUCCCUGAUGUCUGCAGAGAGCCCUCCAGUACCCUCCUACCAGGAUGGCCUGCAAGCUUCAGAAGCAGGGGAAGCGCAGGCACGUAGGAAGAGGCGAACAGGUAGCAGCCGUAGCCCUAACAAUAUUGCUGAUGGGGAUAUGUCUGACUCGGGUGUUCCAGUGAGAGAAAGCGCGCUGGAAAAUGAAGAGGAGGAACUGACUCUGAAAUAUGGAGCAAAGCAUGUAAUCAUGCUCUUUGUGCCUGUCACCCUUUGUAUGAUUGUUGUCGUCGCCACCAUAAAGUCAGUGCGCUUCUAUACGGAGAAAAACGGGCAGCUGAUCUACACCCCUUUCAGUGAGGAUACCCCGUCUGUGGGCCAGCGUCUCUUGAACUCAGUGUUGAACACCAUCAUAAUGAUCAGCGUCAUCGUUGUAAUGACCGUAUUCCUAGUUCUGCUCUAUAAAUACCGUUGCUACAAGUUCAUCCAUGGCUGGCUCAUCCUGUCCUCUUUGAUGCUGCUCUUCCUCUUUACCUACAUAUAUCUUGGUGAAGUACUGAAGACGUACAAUGUGGCCAUGGAUUACCCCACUCUGUUCUUAGUCAUCUGGAAUUUUGGAGCUGUUGGAAUGAUUUGCAUACACUGGAAAGGUCCCUUGCAGCUCCAGCAAGCAUAUCUCAUUAUGAUCAGUGCUCUGAUGGCGCUGGUCUUCAUUAAAUAUCUACCUGAGUGGUCAGCGUGGGUGAUUCUAGGUGCAAUCUCCAUCUAUGAUCUGAUGGCUGUUCUCUGUCCCAAGGGGCCACUGAGAAUGCUGGUAGAAACUGCACAGGAGAGAAAUGAGCCCAUUUUUCCUGCAUUAAUAUAUUCCUCUGCUAUGAUGUGGACAGUUGGAAUGGCAAAGCCAGACACAGCAGCAAGAGGACCAAGUCAGCAGACAUGGGAUGCAGAAGAUGGGAGAGAGAACCACAGGAGCCCUUCACACACAGACUCUCAGAUGUCAGAGACGAGGAGUCCUGUUUCAACCCGCCCCAUCACUUCUUUUGAGGAGCUCGAGGAGGAGGAAAGGGGUGUGAAGCUGGGCCUUGGAGACUUCAUAUUUUACAGUGUGCUUGUUGGGAAAGCAGCUGCCACAGCUAGUGGAGACUGGAAUACUACGCUGGCCUGCUUUGUAGCCAUUCUCAUAGGUUUAUGCUUAACUCUUUUAUUACUGGCUGUUUUUAAGAAAGCACUGCCUGCUCUUCCCAUCUCCAUCACCUUUGGCUUGGUCUUUUACUUCUCAACAGACAACCUUGUGCGACCGUUCAUGGACACCCUGGCCUCCCACCAGCUGUAUAUUUAGAAGAAGUGGGAGUUAGAGGAUUCUUUUUAAAGCUUUGCUGUGAAGUAUGGUACUCUGUUUGGAAUAAGUCAUAAAGUUUUACACUUAGUGCCAUAUAUUUGUAAGGAAAACACUAACUCUGUUACAUGAUGUGUACUAAAAAUCUAAUAGUUACAUGUUGAACGGAGAUUUUUCACAGGGCUCUUGGACUCCAGUGAAAAGCCUGGCUCGCUGCUGAUGUCAGAGCAUUACUUUUAUGUUAUUUGAUGUGCACACUGGCUGUUGUGAGCACAGAAACCUGUAUGUAGCAUGGGACACCGGAGAGGUGAAGGGUCUGAUCUGUGCUUCUAGAAGCUAAGGUGUUUUAGCCCUGGAAUUGCAGUCAAGUUUAACCGUACUCUAGAAUUGCUAAUGCUUCACACUUUUGAAGUGUUGUGCAAACACGUGGUGCAAGUAAGUC